UCUUAAAGUCGUGUUUACGAAUAAGCAGCGGUGAAUUGCAUAAUCCCUCGUCGAUGGUGUAAUCGUUCUGUCCAGCCUCUUCCUACAGCUUUAUUGCGGUACUUUAUACAUCAUUAAUGGGUCCAAACAGAAUUUACAUUAGUGUAGGUUAUGCCACAUUCGGCAUGUUGGUGGGGUUUUCGGCGUUUAUCGUGUGGAAUGUGGUUUAUAAACAACCGUGGACGGCGGCGAUGGGCGGAUUAUCAGGCGUUCUGGCACUCUGGGCAUUGGUCACUCACAUUAUGUACAUUCAGGACUACUGGCGCACAUGGCUGAAGGGACUCAAGUUCUUCAUGUUUGUUAGUUCUGUCUUCUCCCUCCUGGCUGUUUCUGCUUUUGCCACCUUCAUAACUCUAGCCGUUAUAGAAAAGCAGUCAUUAACUGACCCCAAGAGCUUCUAUCUGUCGGCCGUGUGGAGCUUCAUGACUCUUAAAUGGGCCUUCCUGCUGGGCAUGUACUCUUUCCGUUACCGCCAGGAGUUUGCUGACAUCAGCAUCCUCAGUGACUUUUGAUUGGCUGCUUCAGCUGCAAAGGAUUUGUAGUUGCAAUUGGCAGGUGAAGCCACCGAUGUGGAGAUGAAGGAUGGAUUGAUGGUUCUCCUUUUUUAAUACCGUCUUAACGGCCUCCUUGCUUUCACAGAAAAGACUCAAAUCUCAGCCCUUCCUUCCCCUCAGAUCCGGGCCCUGGAGUAAGAAGUUGGUGAAUGUCUGUGAUCUGCCUCUUUCCUGUCUUUUUGAGUUAAUAGGGGGUUUUAUAUUGACAUUGGGUCAAAGUGUUUCAAAGGCAGUGGAUACACUAGAAUGUGUUCACAGGUAGUUGUUACUUUACUCAGGGCAACUUCUCUAUAAAUGUCAGACGUGAAGUGAUGGCUCCCCUUCACUGCCGGAAAAAAUUGCAAAGGUUGUACAUUUAGGGGUGCAAAAACUUGUCACUGGGUCAGUACCCUUAAAGAGACACCUUUGUACCUUAUAAGGAUGCAUAUUGGCAAAGUCCCUUGAAGGCUAGUCAUUUCACACGGUGGCCAUCUUUGAAGAUUAUUCAUGUGUCCAUCCAUAUACAUACAUAGAUUCCUCAUUAGCGGCUGUUUCUGUGGGCCGCUAUAUGUAAGCCGUCCGCCAUAUUGGAAUGGUCAAAGCUGGUCUGUGAACUCUCGAGAGCAAGUUGACUGUGGGUCUGCAGUCGUAGUUAUAUGCAUAUAUGAAUAUCUAUGUCUGCAAAGCACAGCAGAUGAUUUUGUUAAACAAACACAAGACGCAAAUGUCAGCUAACAUGACAUUAAAAACUUACCAUAUUUGCCAAGUUACCAUAAAAACCUGCAAUAUUGAGUUAAUCCAUAUAAAAACACAAACCAA